GGCUACUUGUAGGCUUCUAGACCCUGUUUUCUGUAUUUUAUUCUCCAGAACAGAGACGACGACGAAAACUCACUCUUUCAUCGCCGCUUUACAGUAUCCGCCCGCGGCUCUACCUUUUCCCGCUCGCCCAAUUGCUGGCUGCACUCUCUUCUUUGCGCUCCAAUUCUCAUUUUUCCUCCCACUUUCUCUUUGCCUCCCAAUUGCUCGCGUCUCUACAAGCUCAAACAUCUGCUGAAUCGCAGCUCUUCACAGUAGUCAGUCCAUGCAAUUUUGGACGCGAUUUUCACUAUGGGUCAUCCGGAAACAGUCUCUCUGUGCUUUAGUAUAGGGGUAAGAUUGCGUACAUCCGACUCCCCCCUUACCCCACCGUAGGUGGGAGCCUUUGCGGCACUGGGGUAAAUGAAAAUGAAAAUGAAAUGAUUUUGCCCCCAACACUUUCUUUUUCUGGAUCUGCCACUGGUUAUGCCUAGUUAUCUCUGUGAUAGCACCUAAAAACACCCAAUGGUUCGUCAUUUGCAUCUAAUCUACAACACAACGGAGUAAACAUUGAACAGUGAUUCCUCUUAUUUUAUGACUUAUAAACAUCUUUCUUUUAAGCCACAAAAGAUACAUGCCUGAUCCGGUUCAUCUUUGUUGACAAAAAGAUCUUUAGUUUCUAACUUUAACUUCUAUGGAUUUUCUUCACAUAAAUAUAACAGGAAUUCGCCUUACUGUUUAUCAUCAUGGAGGCAUAGUGCGAUAACUAUAGUAAAGAGAUUAGUAGACUUUAUAGAUGCUAAACUUCAUGUGUGAUGGAGAGUGGAAAUUUAUACCAAAGCAGUCAUGUGAUUCAGGAAGGCAUUGCACCCAUCUCAAAUGAAGGAUGGAAUGAUACAGUAUCGUCACGUAAUAGCCUGGACCUGGCAACUUGUAGGGUGUGCCAAUGCUCUAGAACUGACAAAAGGGGAGAUGCUGUACUGGAAAUUCUUCGUAUAACCCCUCCAUCAAGUGACACACAGGAUAAAAAGGGGGAGGUUAGGCUGGACCACACCACAGAAACAAAAGAUAAUGGAAAUGAGUUCAGUGCUGUAACAGAAGCUAAAGAGGGAUCUACUUGUGUUGAAAUUGUUAGUCCUGAUGGGGAAGUUUUAGUUUGUGAUGCUGACAUUGAAACGGGUUCUUAUCAUAACCAUGGCACUUUAAUUGAACUCGGCUGUGACUGCAAAAAUGACCUUGCACUUGUGCACUAUGCGUGUGCACUCAAGUGGUUUGUCAACCAUGGAUCCACCAACUGUGAAAUAUGCGGGUGUAAAGCCAAUCACAUCAGAGAUGAUGACUUCAAUAAAGUUGUGAACUGUUUGAAAGCAUAUAAUAUGCUGAGAGAGAGGACUUUUAAUGGAGAGCCUGUUCCUGAUGCUGUUGCAGCUAUUCGUAGUCUACGGUUGAGUGAAAUUUCAUUGUGGUUCAAUCCCUGUAACAGAUCCGCAGUAGUUUCACUUGUUACUGAACAAGCUGCUACUACUUCUGAUAUGCUUGAAGAUGAAGCCUUCCCAACUGAAAAUAGGGCAACCAAGUGGGCUGUAGAAGGCACUGGUGUCCUCCUUGCUACGGGGCUGCUUACUUUUACUCUUGCAUGGCUCAUUGCUCCUCAUGUUGGAAAGAAUACUGCAAAGAAUGGACUGCAUAUUCUUCUAGGGGGCGUAUGUGCUUUAACACUUGUAGUCUUCUUCCGCUUUGUUGUGUUGGCAAGAAUCCAGUAUGGACCUGCACGCUACUGGGCAAUGUUGUUUGUCUUCUGGUUUCUUGUAUUUGGAAUAUGGGCUUCAAGAACACAUUCAACUUGAUCUUCCUCUCUUUUCUUGCACCUUCAUUAAAAUAGCGCGUGCAAGUAUAGAAACACAGUUUCUUACUGCUAUAUAUGGAUUUUCUCCUUUACAGCGCUCUGCAUACACGACAUGUACAUUGCUCCAGAAGUUUUAAAAGGUUUUAAAUUGAAAGAGAUUUAUUUCAGUCACAAAUGUACUACUGUUAGUAUUGUAUACACCAGUACAAUGGAGAGAACUGAAAUUCGCUUGUCCUCUAAGGAUGUUUUCUUUUGGACUGAAAUUUGCUGGUCUGAUCUGGUCUGGUAAACGUCUGGUAUAUGUGUAUUUUAUAACUACGGAAGUCAAGUCUGGUCAAAAAUAGUCCAAAAGAAAACAUCCUAAAUUUAAAGAAAGAAUUCCGGUCGAGUUCAGGCAUAAGUUGUCCCCCAGCUUGAUAUCUGGACCUAAAAAUCAAUCACAACACUACUUCCUCUGUAUAGAAAUAAUUUCAAAUUUUUAAACUUUUAAAUAAUCAUAUGUUGCACAGUGGUAUAUUUUAUACUUAAA